UCUGCGAACACGUAAUGCAUUGACGAUUCGUAUACGCACACAGAUAUAAGUUGUUGUCACGAUCUUUCACGUGCGUAGCUAAUUCCGUAAAGCUUGAAAUUUUUAUUCUUUUGGUUUUAUCGAUUUCCAAAGUUCAAAUCAAACAAUACAUAUACCAGAUCUGUUUUUCUUUCUAACUAUCGUUAUUUAAUAUUGUAUCUUCUGCACUUAAAACAAAAGCACUUAGAUAAGAUUUAAAAAAAAGCAAAAAAUUGUAGAAAUUGAAUGUAAAAAUUCAAAUGUUAUACAUUACAAAUAUUGCAAUUACAAUCAUUUGUAAAUCUUGCAGUUUUUUAAAUUUUGUAAUUUUAAUGUCAUUUUAUUCAGUGUUGAGAUAAAAUUGAAGAAUUAAUGUUUCGAGUAAUCUGAUUUUUAAAAAAUCAUGUUUCUCGAAUCGAAUAAAAUUAUUAAUUAUAUAGUUAAUAAUUAACAUGCAACAUUUAUUGCUUUGUACAGAAUGCAGUCGAGCUCUUUGUUUAUGCGUUCGUUUAAUAUUCGAAAAGCAAAGUUGCGUUUUUUUACAUUUAAUUGCUGCAACUACAGUUCGAACAUAACACAAGAAAAUUCUAUAUAUAUAAUCAAGUACAUAUUCAAGAAAAAAUUUUUAUAAAAUUUUAAACUUUAAAUUUUAUAUAAUUUUACAAUAAUGAAAUUAUAUUUUAUAAAUUAAUGGAAUUCUUUCUAAACUAAAUUUAAGCAAGUAUCUAUAUAGAAAAUUAUAUAUAUUUUCUUCAAUUAAAUUCUUUCAAAUAUAUACUAUAUGUAUAUAUAUACAUAAUAUUAAAAAAAAAUUAAUUUUAAUUAUGGGUGCAAGAAAAAAUAUUUCUUAGCACAACUGAAGAUUUGAUCAAUCAUCAUACUACACCAUUAACUAUUUAAAAUAUUUAAAAAAGUUUGAAAGCGAUAUCUAUUUUAUAUUCAUAUUUACAUAUUCAUAUUUACACACAUUUAUUAAAAAAAUGUUUGAUAUGCAAGCGCCUAAUUGCGAAGAAAAAGCAAUGAGAAAAGAAUUAGUGAAAUCAAUUGCUGCUCAUGUGCGAAAUUCUUUUUAUCGAUUACAACGAUGUUUUCUUUAUGGCUGAUUUUAACGUCUAUUAAUUUCAUUUUUUUAUACUUUUUAUCUCUAUAAAUAUUUUUUUAUAGACAAAAAUUUUAUUAAUAUUAUUUAGACUAAUUAGUUUAUUACUUGAUCUUAAUUAGUCUAUCUAUUAACUAAGUUAUUUAUAAAUUAUUGAUAAAUUUAAUUACUAUGGGACAAGAGUUUGAAUUUUUAAUUUUAGUCUACUUACGCCUUUGAAAUUACUGUGAAUCUAACAAAAUCUGGUUGCAUUGAUAAACUAAUUAAUUUUAUAUUAACGAUUUAAUAUGGAAUUUCUAAUUUAAUAAUUUUAGGAAAAGAGAAGAAAAGAAAACAAUUCACAUUUGAACUGACGAACCAGUGCCAUUAUUUUUCUUCUACAAGCAUAUAUAUAGAAUGAGACCAAUAAUUAAUUAGUACAAUUUGUCUCUCUCUUUUUGUUUCUUUCUCUUUAUUCUUUUUAAUUUUUUAGCGCUGCAUGAAGAAUGGUUAAAGUUAACUAACCCGAUGAAAUAGGUCAAAAAUUAUUCACAUUAUAAAUCAGCCGCUUAUAUCCGAAGAUUUGGAAUCGGUCUUCAAGAAAGUCGCGACGUCCACGGUGUAGCGAUUAAAAAAUGCAUGACAAGCGAGUUGGAUGACAAGCGUUAGUCAUCGGUGCUUAACGAAUAAACGGCAUGCAUAGGCGACGUAUACAUGCAUGCGUGCAUGUAGAUAUAGAUAGAGAGAUAUUCAAUGCGAAUGGUACCGCGGACGUAGUCACGGUAAACCGAGGUAGAUCAACGGCGAACACACGACACGCAAGAAGCACCAAGAAUAAGGAGAGUGAAUUGGAGGGAGUCUACGAACAACGAAGACGACGACAACAAUCAGACAACGAAAAGUUUAUGCUCGAAUACAUCCUGUUCUGUUUUUCAUUUUUUUUAAUUGGGCCGCUAAUGACCGCUGCAGCAGCGAACGGCGGCAGCAACAGCAAUAGGAGUACAGCAAACAAAAAAAAAAAGAAGAAACACAGGCAUCAAGCCAGCCAAUAACAACAUCAAAAACGACUGCGCGUACCGACAGUCCAAAAGAGAGAAAGAAGUGUUUGUCACCGUGUUCAACCCCCUUUUUUUCUCUCUUUCUCUCUCCCUCCCUCUGCCUCUCUGCCUUGUUUCUUCAACUGGUUCACGAUAAACAGUGAUACAUCGACAUUUUGUCACCCCGUUAUGCACGCGGAUUCCCUCUUUUACGCGUUGUUCUUGUCCGUUCGUGCCACUCUUAUCGCGGACGGUUUGAUACCACGAACGACGACGACGAUAACGACGACGGUUCAACGAAUGGCGCGUCUCACUCGAUCACCAGCAAGGCGCACGGAGCCUCCAUCGCCCUCGUCGCGAAUGUAGACGCACCCGUCACCCCCGAGCGUGCGUGCGACCACCCACGACCACCGACUGACGGACGAGCAGCCGCAGACAGCCGCACCGCACGCGCCUCUACCCUCUUUCCUCCUUUUCUCUCUCUUUUCCCUCGCGGUCCUCUCUCUUUCUCGUCCUCUGCUUCAUCCCUUCUAUCAUCGGCAGCCGCGCGCGCAGGAGGAACCUCGCGCAGGGUUGAAUCUAGGCGGGGGUGCGAACAUAACAGCAGCUGACCUGUCACUUUCACCGCACUUGCAUAGAAGUGUCACAUUUACAAAAAAAGAGGGUGCAUAAUCUGGCCAUGAUCGCAAAAAGAUUUGUUUGAAUCAGGAUUGAAGAUAAUUAUCGAUAAAAAAUAAAUUUUUGUGUAUACAAGAAUUUUGAUAUAUUUGCUAGGACUUGCAGAAAGAGAGAGAAAGAGAAAUUUAUAUUGUUAAAAAAAUAUUAUUUGUAUCUCUGGAACAAAGAGAUUGUUCAUUGUGCUGAGAAGAAAACGUAACGUGAGCAAUAAUAGUGAAUUGCGUUUCGCCUUUGUAAUAACACAAUUCAUAUAUUUGCUAUUCCUAUUUUACAACCCUCGCGAGUGAUACAAAGGCGAGGGGGAUAUUGUUGAACGGCGCGCGCGUGCAAGAACGCCGAAGUCGAAUUCUAGGGCAACCCGCUUUGGAGGGCGUCUAUCCGCCACCCCGGCUGUAACCCGGUUACCUCACCUUCUCGAUCUCACCCGCCGAGUCGAUAUCCGUGCUAGCCCGUUGCCUUUGACCUUUCACCUUUACCGCCCUAGCCUGAUUUCGCGAUGCAGGCAACGACCUGCCUCAUCAGCCUUUUUGUUGGACGAUUUAUGAUAAUUACUAUUCGGACUGUUAUAAAUAUCAUAUAAAUUUAAAAAAUGCUGCUUGCCGUACACGUGUUAAUAUCAUAUAGAAAAUACAAUAUGUAAGGAAAAAUAAGAGAUUACAUAAAAAUAUGUGUUUCA